UUAAAAUCCGAGUGUAAAAUGAUUGCUUCUGGUAUGCAUGACAUGUCAAAGUGUAAAACACUUGAUUUUGUGCUGUGAACUAAAACUCAAGUGUAUUCCACGUAGAUAUGAAAUGUUUCAUCUAUUAGCACAGAAGUAAGUGGAAUCCACUUGGCAGUAACGUGUCGAUUUUUUACAGUGGAGGCGUCGUAUUGUAACUUUGCCACCCCUACCUGUAUAGAACAAAAACAAAAUUGUGAAACACGUGCGUGCUUGUUUACGUUUUAUGCUAUCAAGUGUCCGCAAAUUUUAUAAUUGAAAUGGCACUAUUCGCAGUAAAUCGGUACGAUGAACCUAAGCUUAGUAAAGAAGAUGAAUCACUCCAGGAAAAUUUAUUUUUGCAACGUCUGGAGUCUAGAAAAAGAAAUAAAGAAAAAGAAGUUUCACCGACUAAAGAAAUCAUUGCCAAGAAUGAUGUAGUAACCGACAAUGAAUCUGACAAGGAAUCGAACGCCGUUGAAAAAGAUGAAGGUAAUGAUUUGGUUCUAGAAGAGAGCUCCAACUUGGCAAAAGAAAAUGGCCAGCCGAUUAAGGAAAGUGUCAAACCGAUCGAACAGGAAUUUCAGUUACUUGGACAUACUCGUUUCGAAAAACUUAAAGAAGUAGAGAGCAUACUACCUCCCUGGCUGUCACAUCCAACGAUAAUAGACGGAGAUUUUACAAGAAAAGGAAAAUCCAUAAAAAAGUUGCCUUAUCUUGAUGAGCAACUUAAAAUAAAUCUCAAAAAUAUGAGUUAUAAAAGGCUUUUCCCUGUGCAGGAAGUUGUGAUACCAUGGAUACUGGAUGUCCAUCGCAAGCCAGCACCUUUUUGGCCUCGGGACGUUUGUAUUUCUUCGCCAACUGGCAGUGGAAAAACAUUAGCUUUCGCUGUUCCAAUUGUUCAGAUGUUAUUGAACAGGAUUGCUCCAGCUGUGCGAGCACUGGUAAUUUUACCGGUUAAAGAAUUAGCAGAACAAGUUUUUGUUGUGUUCGAAAAACUCUGUAAAGGAACGAAGGUUCGACCAUUGUUAUUAAGUCGUAAACAAACUUUCAGCAUCGAGCAAUCAAAGCUUGUUGACUGUUUCAACGGAAGUUAUAUGCCAAAGGUGGACAUUAUUGUAACUACAGCUGGACGAUUAGUUGAGCAUCUGCAUACAACUAAAGGUUUUACUUUGCGACAGCUUCGUUUCUUAAUCAUUGACGAGGCUGACCGAGUAAUGGAUCAAAUCCAGAAUGAUUGGUUGUACCACCUCAACAAACACGUUAAGGAAGAAUCAGAUGAAUAUCUACUUGGCAGAACUGCAGGACAAUUAUCCCAAACGGAGUUAUUUGACAAACCUCGUCAGCCUCAUAAAUUGUUGUUUUCAGCAACUCUUAGUCAGGAUUCUGAAAAACUAAAAACAUUCCGACUUUUUCAUCCCAAGCUGUUCACAGCUGUAGCCAAUCCAGAGAAAUGGCUAACCAACCUAGCCAAGCAUCAUGCCCUUGCCGAAGAAAAACGCGGUAAAUUCAUUGGCCAAUAUGCAACCCCUGUGGAAUUGCGCGAGCUGAUUUGCUUAACGCAAUAUAAGAUAAAACCGCUGACACUUUUUGCAUUGAUUAAGGAAAAUAGCUACAAGCGUUUUCUGUGCUUCACCAGUUCUAUCGAUUCGUCACAUCGUUUGUCGUUUGUAUUGCAAAAAAUGUUCGGUGAUGAAUUGAUAAUCGAAGAGUGGUCCUCUUCUUUAAGUCCAGUGGCAAGGAAGAAUGUACUCAAUCGAUUCUCUCUGGGUAAAGUUAAUGGAAUAAUUUGCACCGAUGCGUUGGCUCGUGGAAUUGAUAUAGAUGAUAUUGAAGUUGUUAUUUCGUAUGACAUGCCACGACAUGUGAAUACUUACAUCCAUCGAAUCGGAAGAACUGGUCGGGCAGGACGACAAGGUACUUCAAUUACAAUGCUAAUUGAUGAGCAACGAAAAACAUUCAAAACGAUACUGGCCGAAGCUGGAAAAGAUGAGCUAGAGUUGAUUAAUAUCAAAUCUAAUGCAGAAGAAGAAUAUGCAGUGUUGUAUUCAAACGCUUUAAAUGACCUGCGUGAAGCACUUGAAUUAGAGAAGCAGACUAUGAAUAAAAUCCGCAAUGGAAUAUCAAUCGCCAACAUGACUAAAGUAAACCUGUUAAGUAAAUUAAAAGAUCGUGUUGACAUUGACACUGGCAACUCAAAAGAAAUGAUCAAGUCGUUAUUGCACCUACCGAAAGCGUGGAGUAAUGAAGCAAUUGAGCAAAAGGCCAAUCAAAACCGGAAACGCAAAUCGAAAAAUCAUGAUGAAAAAGUAGACAUAUGUGACGAUAAGUUACCUACAGGAGAUGCAGAUCUAUCAGCGAAGAAAAGGAAAAUUGCAUCAAGCGGUAAGAGAGAACGUUAUUUCAAACUCAGCACAGAGGCUAGUAGUCGAAAUCAGCAAUAAACAUGCAUGAUUGAACUUCAUAAAUGGUUUUUAUAUGAUGAUCCUUCCUAUUUAUCUGGUUGUGGACGAAAAAAUAUGGCCUUUAUGAAAAAAAAAAAAUAAGGAGAAUGGAAUAAGUUUUUUUUCGUUACGUAAUGUUAAGGGGGCGGGGAUAGUCAUAUUGUCGGUCAGAUUACUACUACAACUCCUAUUGUUACACAGAGGGAAGGGGUCUGCAAUCAAGAUUUCUAGCGUUACGUAGUUUAUGUACCACGCCUAAGUGCUGGUCUUCGCUUCACGAUAUCGUUAUCAGUUGAUACUGGUGACUGAAUCAUUCUCGGGAGGUCACUAUGGGAAUAGAGCCCUUUAGCAACAUGUCGACUAUUAACAUAAGUUAUUUACUGUGAUAAAACAAUUUGAAAAUUUACAGUGGGAAAUACGGAUUGAGAAG